CUCACUGAGGCGGGGCGACGAUGGACAGCGAGGUGAGGACCGUCCGCGGUCCGCUGGACCUGGCGUCGGCGCUGCGGGUCAGCCACCAGCAGCUGGUCGUCGUGCUCUUCUCCACCCGCUGGUGCGAGUUCUGCCGGAUGAUCCGGCUCUACCUCGGCGAGUUCGCCGAGCGCUACCGGGACGUCCACUUCUGCGAGGUGGACAUCAACGCGGCCGGGGAGGUGGUGCAGCGCUGCGGCAUCGAGUGGUUCCCCACCUUCCAGUUCUACAGGAACGGCGCCAAGGUCUUCCAGUUCAAGGGACCCAACCGCUGCCUCCUGGAGGGGAUGAUCCAGAAACUGCGGGGUGGCAAGUGCGGUCCCUGGCCGGAUUAAGCCCAGCCCAGCCCAGUCCAGUCCCUCCCAAACCUCCGUGCUUGUUGGAACCGAGCACACUGGCAUGAGGAGCCGAUCCGCUCUUUUAGGCUGUAAAACCAUUCCAAUCCACUGUUUUCUUAGGAUCAAGUAAACGUCCCAGUCGUUCUUGUC